UAGUCACAAGUGUGCACAAGUGGUAAUGCCAGUUGCACUGAGUAUAUGUACACUGUAUAUUAAAGUACACAAAUAAAUACAUAUAUAUAGAAAAACUAUAUAUAGAACUUAUGAUUUCAUAUGGUCAUAUGGCUUUUGUUUGAGUGUUUUCAUGGUAUUUUUUAUCAGUCAAUUUUAAAUAACGUUGUUUAUUCAAAUUAAUUAAAAUGAGUGACAAUAACUACGAUCAAUGUUCUACGUAUUUAAGUUUAACUGAUCUACCAAUGGAGAUAUUUCUUCAUAUAUGCUCUUUUUUAGAUGCAAAUACGCUAAUUCGUAAUUUAGGAUUGGUUUGCAAACAAUUUUAUAAUAUUUUAAAAGAUGAUUCAUUGUGGAAAGUAAGAAUAAAUCGAAUUUGGCCAAAUGCUUGCUAUCCAGUCCUGUCUCCUGUUGAUGAAAAUGAACAAUUUUGGAAAUUAUCUUGUCUCAAUGUUGAAAGACAAGCUUUUCUUUGGAGUAACCUUGAUCCCAUGGAUAAAUUUGCACUAACAGGAGGUCAUUAUGGUACAAUAGAUGGCCUUCUACUUAUGAAUAAUGGAAAAAUUUGUAUAUCUGGUGGACGUGACAGACUAUUAAUAUGUUGGCAAUUGAAUGCAACAAGAACUAUUGAAAAUCAACAAAAUGCAAAUAUUGCAUGUGGCUUUGGUCAUACAGGAUGGAUAUGGGAUAUAACAUGUCUUGGUGAUAAUACAAUUUAUAGUUGUAGUUGGGAUCGUACUGUUAGAGCUUGGGAUCUUUCAAAUAAUUUUUCAUCUAUAAGAACAUUUAAAAUGAGUUCUCAUGGUGCUUUAUUAUGUGUUGCUGCAUGUAAUGAAAGAAAUUUAGUUGCAACAGGUUCAUUUAGAAGAAUAUCUGUAUUUGAUCCACGUGCACAUGACAGUUCAGUAACGAAAUUUAAACCACAUCAACUAGCUGUUAUGAAAGUUGCUAUUAAUUCAGACUAUAUUAUAUCAGCAAGUGAGGAUAAAACAGUGGCAAUUUGGGAUCAAAGAAUGAGACGUACAAUAAAAACAGUAACGAUUUCAAAAGAUUCAUAUCCAAUGAGUAUGUUUGUUAACAAUGAUGCUAUUUAUACUGGUGAUAGUAAUGCCAUGAUUCAUAUUAUAAAUAUCAAUAAUAAUUUUGAACAAAUAAAAUCAUAUAAAAGUGAUCAUACCAAAGGAAUAACUGGUAUUCAUUCAACACUUGGAUGUUUAAUAACAACAUCACUUGAUGGUACUGUUAAAAUAUCAAGUCCAACUGAUCCACCAAUUAGUUUUGCAACAUUAAAUUGUAAACAUGGUGAUAUUGCAAGUAUGCAUUAUUUGAAUGAAACAUUGGCUGUAUCUGGAAGUGAUGAAAUUGAUAUUUGGAGACCCAAGACUGAGAAUUAAAUUGUGGAAAAUAUUUUUUUUGUUUUAAAUGAUAAUAUAUUUAAGUUAAUCACGUAUAUUGAUAAACUAUUGUUAAUAAUAAUAAUAAUAAUAAAAAUAAAAAUAUCUUUUUCGCUAAA